AUGCUAUAUGCAGUGAUAGAAGAUAGACUUGGUUUGAAUGUGCAUGCUGAAUACGAUCAAAUUGGCAUCCGAAGAGCUGAGUCUCGGAGGAUGGAACGAGAACAAAGAGAUGCACAAGAAGCUGCUGAUGCUGCAAAAGACAAUGGGAAAGGCAUAGCAGAUGUAGAAGUUCUUGAAUCGUCAAGCCAAAAAAAGCAACAAUCAAGUAAUGCUGAUGUUAAUACUGAAAUGGCUAUUGUCCUUGCUCAACAAUUCAUACUUAAAGACGGUGAAAAAGACGACGAAGAAGGUGAUGAUGAUGAGGAUGAGGAUACAGAAGAAUUGUUCAAAGAUAUAGAUGAUUAUCAUGGAAGUGGUGAUAAUGGUAAUGAUGAUGACGAUAAUGAUGGAAACAGUGGUGCAUUGGUUGUUAGACAAGCUGGUGAUCAUCAAGUUAAUGAUUUUCUUGAUGAUGCACAGAAUGAAGAGAAAUAG